AUGGGGAAGCCACGGAUGAUCAUUCUAGUGCGCCAUGCACAGUCAGAAGGCAACAAAAACCGCGACAUUCAUCAAACUAUUCCAGACCACCGUGUGAAACUCACUCCUGAAGGAUAUCGACAAGCCCAAGAUGCAGGCCAUCGACUGCGUGACCUUCUCCAACCAGACGACAAACUUCACUUUUUUACCUCUCCAUAUCGGCGGACAAGAGAGACUACCGAGGGAAUCAUUGAAUCCCUAACUUCCGAUACACCCUCUCCUUCGCCUUUCUCAAGACACACAAUCAAAGUUUAUGAAGAACCCCGGCUGCGGGAACAAGAUUUCGGUAAUUUUCAGCCAUGUUCCACAGAGAUGGAGCGCAUGUGGAUGGAGCGGGCAGAUUACGGUCAUUUCUUCUACCGGAUUCCCAAUGGCGAGUCCGCAGCAGAUGCAUAUGAUCGAGUGAGUGGGUUUAACGAGUCCCUCUGGCGCCAGUUCGGCGAGGAUGACUUUGCAAACGUCUGUGUUCUUGUUACGCACGGCCUCAUGGCAAGAGUAUUUCUCAUGAAGUGGUAUCAUUGGAGCGUGGAAUACUUUGAGGAUCUUCGCAACAUCAAUCAUUGCGAGUUCCUUAUCUUGACUCACAACCCAGAAAAUGGCAAAUACACACUACAAAACAAGCUUCGCACCUGGUCAGAUCUCCGAAAAGAUCGAGAGAUUGAAAAUGCAGCCAAAGAGGAGGUCCCUGCGCCUAUCCCGUCUGCUGGUCAAGUCGGCAUCACAGACCAUAUCCCCAUUCGGCGCAAGUGGGGGGCUGUCCCGACGGCUCAUGGUUAUGCUCAAGCAAAGCACGCAGAUGACCAUGCAGGCACUUUUGGCUCCAAACUUCACAAAUCUAUAUCUAUCGACGAGGUGAUAUCGUCCUCAGAAGACAGUGUGGUCCAGAAUGACACCAGCCGCAAAGCCAGCGCUCGGCAUGUCUCCAACCCGCAGCACACACUUGGCCACGAUGACAACGGAGACACCACGAAGCAAUACGAAUCUGCCUCAGAAGCCCGGCCAACCGUGAAUCCAUUGAAUCCAAAACGACCGAACUUCCACGGACUGAAACGAAAUAGCGAAGAUCAUCUCCUCCACCAACCAACAGCCACAUCUUCAGCAUCAGCGCACCUAAAGUACGCCCUCCUCCACCUCGGCGGCCGUGACGGCGGAGGCUCCAUGAGCGGAGCAAACAGCCUCGCUCCAUCCGACGACGAAGGCGACGAUCACGAUCACCACCGCCACGCUGCAUUAACCUCUCCCAACCUCGCCACUGACAAUUUGUCCCAUUCGAACCAGCAGCACUUCGAAUUCCCGUCCAGCGAGCAAACCCAACGGCCAUCUCCCUCUCAGGAGCUCGAAGAUGAUGGCGACGACGAGAUGAGUGGCAAUCGCACCGAGAAAUUGAAGAAGACUCGCCUACACCAUCACCAUCACCACUAUCAUCAACACCAUCUUUCUUCUUCCACCGACCAAUCUGAGCACCGCAUGGCCAAUAUCCUAGGCGAUGGAGAUGAGUCGUCCAGCCACUCAGAAUCACAGGCGCAAAGACCAGAGAGUUCGUCAACGGAUUCCCCAUCUCAUCUCCACAUCGAGGAAUUAUCCUUAGAAGAGCAACAAAAGCAUGAUCAGGGCAUUCAAGGGAGCGUCUACUAA